CAGUGGGAGUGUUUUAAACACUGGCCAUGACUUAUAGAUGAGACUACUGAUGAGUUUUAUUAUGCAGGAAUGGUUUAUCAUUGAAAGUUCUGUUACUUUUACAUGGUUUAUCUGGCAUGCUUAAAAGUUUUACCCAAGGGCUAUCCAUAUUUACUUACUGAGUUAUCUCAUAGUUUUCCUUGUCCACCAUUUCAGGAAACGAAACUGAGGACGGGGAAAUCGAGGGGAGUGACGAAUUAGAAGGCUAGCCAUUCACUUGGGGUAUAAGUUUUAGAUUUUAUCAUCCUUUUGUAAGGUUGAUUUUAUUCUUGAGAUUUUAUGAAUUGGAUAAGUUCCGAGCCUUGUGCAUUUGUGGGACCCGUCUCACGAGUGCACGGCGUCUGUCGCGUCUCGGAUUUGGGUUCUGGGGCGUGACAUAUAAUAUGCAUUUUCGUUAAUCAUAUUAUAUAAUUGAAGUAGAAACCCAAUUGCAUAUUUGGGUAAGUUGUUUUCAACUUUAAUAAUAUGUAGAUGUCAAA